AUGCGCCCCUAUACGUCUGCGGUCGAUGAGCUCCCGUCGGACAGCGCAGCGGCAGGGCCCAAGCCUGCAGGCGGCGAUGUCAAGCCACGCCUUACGAAAGACCAGCAUGACAUCCUUGAGCAGCACUUCCAGCAGCAGCACAAGCCCACCACCGGCGUAAAGAAGGCUUUCGCCGACCGACUAGGGGUACCCCUCGACAAGAUCAACAAUUGGUUCCAGAAUCGCAGAGCGAAAGUGAAGCAAGAUCGCAAGAAAGCCAUGAACCAGUACAACAUGACGCUUGGAAUGGGAAUGUACGGCCAGCAGGUCCCCGUUAUGCCCAGACAGCACUUUGUUUCUCCACCUCACCCCGACAUGUACCAGCAACAUCAGCAACACUCGCAGCAUCAACAACUUUCACAGCACUCGCAGCAUCUACAGCACUCGCAGCAUCCACAGCACUCGCAGCAUCCACAGCAUCCACAGCAUCCACCUCACAUGCCCAUCCACCAGGACUUUGGCCCUGUGACGGCCGACAUCAGCCCUGGCAGCCUACCGGUGCAAUGUGUGGACAGACCGUCAGCCCUGGAACCCGGUCCCCAGACCUCACUGCAGCAGCCAUUUGACAUGCAAUACAAUCUACGCACAAUCUCAGAGGCUGACCGCUCAAACUACCACCCACAGAUGGUUAUGCACUCGCUCAUGGCUGCCACCGCUGGUCCUGGCUACCUCCAACACGGGGGCAUAUCCAGCAACCCCCAGGAACAAACCUUCGCUUACAACGACAAUAGCAACUCACUGUCGAGCCAAUACGCCAACGGCGCUGCCUUCUCGAUGCCCACAACGCUACCCAACGAACCUGCAAUGCAACAAGACACAUACAACGGGUUUACAGACUUUGCAAAUUUGGACUACAGCACUCUUACCGCUGCGCACACCGACCUCCCCGGUCAAACUGAAGGUCAAAACAGCACAGGCACGGGCUCAACAGAACAGUCACCUUACUCAGGUGACCAUUCCACUACCACCCCCCAGUCAUCCAAUGAUCCCACGCCUCCCGUUGCCUCUAUAACAUCCAUGUAUUCUGGUUGGAAAGAAGAUCCUGCCCCGGAAUUACAGCUGGAGCAGGUCAACGACAACAGCGAUUUCGUGGCAUCCUUCAAUUUCGAUCAGAACACACCAUCCGAAAACACGCUACCUUUCUGGGCUCCAAAUGACGCCGUUCCAGCGUUCCAGCAGUCCAACUUCUACCAGCAACUCAACGCAUCAUCACAGGCCAUUCUCUCUUCUCCAGAACAAGAUUCAACCCGGAAACACAGUGCAGCUACGUCCGACUUCGAGAUGCCACCUUCCUUUGGCGAAGAUGUUUUCGGACGUAGGAAUUCUUCGACUAGCAAUCUUGCGAGUAACAUUGAGGCAAUCCAGAUUCGCAACGGGACACCGGACGAUUUCAAGCAGACUUCGAGCAUAGCUAUCAGGAGACAAAAGCGACCUGCCGCAUUGAAUUCAAGCGCGAUGAGGAGUUCGUCCUACACUCCCGGAAUGCCAUCUCCGGCAGGCAACCCCGAUCACACCCUCAGAAGGAUACGAUCCACAGGAAUACCAAAUGCUGGAGGUCGCAUUCAAAAGUCCCAACCAGGCUCAGCACAACGGUCGCCCAUGGUUUCCAGCUUUUCAGAAGCUGCCGCCUCUCCUAAGUUUGCGAGAACGUUUUCGUCUUCUAGCAUAACCACGCUGGGUAACAACGGGAGCUUGGCACCACCUACGCCGCUUACACCUCAAGAUAUGGGUUUUUACUGGCAGCCGCACGCUUCUGUCAGGCCUCCCAGUAUGCCUGAGCAUAGUAGUCCAGAAAGUCUGAACACAGCUUGGUCUGCUGAGCCCUACUCCACUAGCCUGAACACCAAGACUGGAUCACCACCCUCAACACCUUUGGAUUUGCAUCGAAUUCACCACGUUCGUCUUACAAGUGAGAGCAUCUACCGCGAUACGCCACCGCAAUCAGCGCCUCCAACCCAGCAAAGCUUCCCUCGCAACGGCUAUAUGCACCCGCCACAGAUGCGUGCUGAUUUCCAUUCUUCCACAGAUCUGACCCUGGCACAGCCCAAACCCUCGCAUUUCCGAAGACCUUCAUUGCCCGGCACUGCUCAAAACCCGGCUGAUGGAGUCAACCUUGACUAUCCGUAUUGUGACAACUUCGGGUACAACGAGAUAUCGUUGAACGGCAUCUCACACAACGUCCCGUUUGCGCCUCCUGUAUCCUCCAUGCCCGACUUCUUGGUCCACCAAUACACACCCUCACAAGGCUCAACUGCUAUGCAUGGCAACACAAUGCGUCGUACGGACCAGCCGAAGAGCUAUAUAUUCGCCAACCAAACCUCUAGCGACUUUCGGUCAUAG